AGAAUGAACGCAGAGCUAGGAACGCGCAGUAUGAGAGGGAGCGCAGGGAAGAGAUGGUGGAUGCUUUUGCAGACUUGGCUGCGGCCGUUGGCGUCACCGGUUCCAUAUCAAAUGCAGAACUUCUGGCAACAGUCAUCACAGAGCUCCAACAAGCUUCGCAGGUCAAGCACAGCAGUGACUUAGACUCUUUGCGGCGGUGUAAUAAGAAUCUUACGGCUCAGAUUGAGAUGUUGGAGCAGGGUCUUACCGUAUCUGAAGAGACCGAGAGCUCAGGACACCCGACUGGAGGACUCACGGACACACCUCGACCCGUCAAGAGGAAGCGGGAUGAUUGUGAGGCGCCGGUGGAUGUUCCCGUUCCGAAGCGUUCCCCUCAAGACUACAAGCCUUCGCUAGAUUACGCAAUCAAGCAGGACCACGAAAACUCUGUGCCGGAAUAUUUCUCGAAACAAGAGUUCCUGCCAGCGGGUUUGCAGACGUCACUGGAGAGCAGCGCCUGUGACCACCGGGAGCGUGAUGUCAACUAUUCGCCUUUCGCGAGGCCGCACAUACCCGCUCCUGAGUGUAAGAUGGAGACCAAGGUUGAGGUCUCUGAGUACAUACAACCUGUGCAGCCCUAUACUGAGCAGGUGUACUAUCACCCUGCAUCCCAGCAGUGUCGUGCCGGCCCUUUUUCGUCAGAAUCGUCGUUCAAACAAGACCACACGAGUUUCAGCGAAGAGACAAAGCAUUCACUCAACAAUGCCGAUUUCCCGAUCGAUCCCUGGCUUCCGGUAGUAGCAACGUCGGAUCAGGAUUUCCCCACUGCGAGAGAGUCACCGAUGAGCUGCACCUCUGACCACCAGGAUUGCGAUGUCGACUAUUCUACCUAUCACUUCGCUGGGCCGCGGGUUCCCACACCCGAGUAUCAGUUAGAUACUACGGUUGAACCAUCGGAAUACAUCUAUCCUGUACAGUCAUAUGCAGAGGAGGCGCAUUGUCACCCGUCAGCCUGGCUGUGCCACUCCGGCCCUUCUUCACCGGAAGAGCAGUUCUCGUCGUCUCAGUACCUGAUUCCUGGGACACACCACGAAUUUUCGUCUCCGCAGUACCACCCCUCCGGCCCUUCAAUGGACCAACAGCAGCCACCUGUCUAUGAAGUUCCUGUUCAACCAAAUGUCGUCGGCAGCGUGGAGUUAAUUCCGGUGCAUAGGAAUUCUAGUCUACCGAAUGUAAGCGGCGCAGAGCAAGAUACUCGAGAAGGAUUCCUUUCAUCUGAAAGUCUGAUCGCGAUGCAUUUUUCACCUAUGGACUCGGCUGCAAUGUAG